AUGAAAACAGGCCUGUUAUAUGGCAUUGUUGCAAGCUCCAAAACGCGAAUGCGUUGUGUAUUUUGCGGAGUAUACAUUCCGAAAGCAAACAAAUGUAUUGAGGAGCACACAAAUGGCACAAAACAUAAAGAAUGUAUAGAUCAAAUGGCUGAACAUGGAAUAAUUUAUAAUAAUGAAGAGUUAUACUGUAGACCGUGUGAUUUACAUUUUGGAGAAGAAGAUUCUGUUGCUUCCCAUCUCGAAAAUGAUGAUCACGCAAACUGGAUUGCAACUGUCGACGAUUUAAUAGAGGGUGAGUUUAUAAAUGUUAUUUCUUAUAUGGCCAGCGAAAGCGAUGAAGUAACUUGUGAAGUGUGCAAUUGUAAUAUGUAUUGCACACUGCAAAUUAUUGAAGAACAUGUAAACGAAAUUGCUCAUCGUAAUAACGUAGCUGAAAAACUGAGGCCUUUAAAUGGAAUAUUUCCUGUUGAAAACGAAGACGAAAUGUGGUGCAAAGUGUGUGACGAAUAUUUUGAAAAUUCAGCAAAGGGCAUUCUACAACAUAUUGAUGAAUCCCAAACACAUGUAGAUUGGUUUAUGAAGCUUGUUAAUCUUAUUCAAGCUCAGGAUGUAUCUGUCCAAGAUUUUCUCAGAUUGGAACAUGAGAAAAAUGCAUAUUGUAAUGUAUGUCAGAUGGAAGUGACCUGCGAACUGCAAAGUAUUGAAGAGCAUGUGUAUAGUGAUGCACACUUAAAUCAAUUUAGU